CAGUUUUUGCCAUUUUUUUUUCUUAGUUUACUUCUUCUUCUUCUUCUUCUUCUUCUUCUUCUUCUUCUUCUUCCCCGGAGCGAGCGAGCUAGCCUUUCUCUCAAUUUUAUGCAGCUCUCUCUCUUUUUAUUUUUCAAUCCUCUUGCAGUCAAGCCGACUCCUUUAUCGUAUAAUUUCGUGUUGGGAAAUUAAUUUGUCGAACAUUUUAUUUUGAUUAGAUGGAACCACCGCCUCCUUCUCUCUCCUCCACCGCGGUGGCUUCCACCUCCAUCCCCGCCGCCACCGCCCCUGUUCCUCCUCCUCCUCCUCCUCCCCCUCACCUCACUUCAUCUUCCCCCGACUCUCUUGACUCCUCCCCUCGUUCUCGCACCACCGAUGUCUGGGAUGACCUUCCUGCUCCCUCCGCCGUCUCUUCUAAACUCCGUCUUAUGUGCAGUUACGGCGGCCAUAUCCUCCCUCGCCCUCACGAUAAAUCCCUCUGCUACAUGGGCGGCAACAUUCGCAUCGUCGUCGUCGACCGUAACAUCUCUCUCUCUUCUCUCCUCGCUCGUCUCUCCAACACCCUCCUCGACGGUCGCUCCUUCACCCUCAAGUACCAGCUCCCCAGCGAAGACCUUGACUCUCUCAUCUCCGUCACUACCGACGAAGAUCUCGACAAUAUGAUCGAGGAGUAUGACCGUACCAUCCCCACCUCCAAUUCCACCAAAUCCUCCCGCCUCCGUUUGUUUCUCUUCUCCUCCAAGCCUGAGGCUACUCAAUCUAUGGGCCAGAUCCUUGAGAGCUCCGCCAAGAGCGACGAUUGGUUCCUCAAAGCUCUCAACAGCGCUGGUCUCCUCAAUCGGGGAUUCUCCGAUUCUGACACCAACGUCAAUCGUUUACUUGGUUUGGACGAUGCUCUCGCUCUCCGCUCCAACAACAACCAGGAUGCAGAUGACGGCUCCGUCAAAAGCGCCAAGCAGCAGCAGCAGCAGAUCCAGCAACCUCCUCCCCCGCAACAGCAAGGAGGCCAAGAUGUUCACUGCUUGCCUGAUUCUCCCAUGUUGGACACCUCCUCUUCUUUUGGCUCUACUUCCUCCUCUCCCUCUCUCGCCAAUUUGCCGCCGAUUCGUGUACAUGUUGAGGAAUCCAGCGCCGGCGUUAGGACUAUGCCAGAUCAGAGGAAUCUGGGAAUCGAAGAACAGUUCGCACGGUUCAACGUUGGGAAUAAGCAGCUCCCGCAUCAGCAGGACGACGGAUUCGCUGCCCUCUCUUCACCACCGCCGAUGCCUGUCACAAUCGCCCUUCCUGCUGCGUCGGUGAGUGCUGCUGCCACCGUCUCAAAUGAGUCACAUGCGCGGGUUUUCUCGGACGAUGAGAGAUCUGAUCACGGGGUGCCUACUGGGUUCAGGAAACCUCCAACUCCGCGUUCCCAGCCGCAGAAUCUGCCGCCUCAGCAGGCUCAUCAGCUGAAAUCAAAUAGCGGCGGACACGAGCUGCCAUCACCCAAUUCCGUUUCCAGUGAUAGCAGUAUGAGCAACACUAUGUUUCACCAAAGACCUGUCUAUCAAGAACCCUUUGCUCAGAUGUCUUCAGCUCCCACCGGUAUGAUCAACCCCUCGGAUCCAAGUACACUCUUAUCCCAGAAUCAGAAUCAGGACCCAAGCUACAUCCUUCACCCCCAAUUCGAGCAGCAACCUGCACAAUCUCAGCCACAGCAGCAGCAACAGUUCAUACACACUACUGCUGCACCUCAAUACAUCCAUCACCAUCCCUCUAGCGGCCUUCCUGUCCCAACUUACAUCCAGGUUUACCCUUCGCAACAGCCGCCGCAGCAGCAGCAGCAGUCCUUCCACCAGCACCCAGGUCGACUGGAUCAGCAGCCUUAUCCUGUUUAUUAUGUUACUGCUCCAGUCCCACCUAGGCCCUACAGUAUGCCUGUGCCACAGUCUGCAACUGUUAGCGAGGCUCCAGGUUCUCUGUCUUCUAACCAUCUCCAGGCACCUCCCAACGCCACCAUGAUGCCUCCACCUCCUAGCAACCACAUGAGAAGUGUUACUGGUGGCAAACCUGAGAUGGGACAGGCUGGGAUUUAUACAACAUCUCCAGGUGUGGGCGGUGCUCAGAUGGUUCACCAGAUUCCCACAAGCCAGCAGCAAUUCAUGGGGUAUUCGCAGAUCCAUCACCCACCUCAGUCUGGUUCAGCUGGGAAUCCCAACUAUGGAUAUGAAUACCCUGACAAUGCUCAUACACAGAUAUACUACACCCAACCUCUGGGACACGCACAGUACCAGACAAUGACCGGACCUCCACCUGCCAUGGUGAUGCCUGAUGGCUCUGCUGCUGCUAAGCUUCCAGCUGAGAACAUGACUCAACAGAUCCGGAGUUCACAGCCAUUGUGACACACAAAGAAGAAAGAAGAUGAACCACAAAAUUUUGGAGGAAGAAAACCCGGGUUGGUUUUUAAACGUAUAAAUAUAUAAUUACUUUUAUUUUUUACAAGUUGCUGCGUCAAAAAAGAGUCUGGCUUCAUGUUGGUUUGGUAUUAUUAUGGAUUAUGUUACGAGUGUUGUGUGAGUAAUUAGAAAAUAAGGAAGUAGUGCUGUUUCGUGGGUUUUACAUUAUAGUUGCAAUUGAUACUGGUGGUGCUUCACCAUUUUCCUGGAUCUUAUAUCAUAUUUUUAUCAUUCAUUUUAUAUUGUAAAUGUAUCACUCCUUGAUUAUUGCUCUUUUUAUUUGUU